CUCCGCUGACCGGAGCCGCUCCGACGGUUUAUAGCCGCCGCUCGGCUCCCAUUGGCCGCUAUUUCCAUCCAUUCAUUCUAUUGGACGAGCCCAUUUAGCUGCUCCUCAACUCAACACUAAAUCACUUCAUCUGCACGAGGCAGUUUGCAAUCUGUGAACAUCAUCAUCUUCAUCUUCUUCAUCCGGUUUCGUCGACUCAACUUCCCCCGAAAACAACACCAAGUGUCCGGGCAGCGAGUGCUAGCUGUCACCGCUGUCCACACGCACACACAGCCGCUGUAGGAGCUCAGUUUGACGGUCGAAGACGCCGGUUUUUGCUUGUUUUGAUUCAGCUCAAGUCCCGGUGAAGAGCUCGCCAUGAGUUUUGUGGAAUACUCGGACUGCAUCCAGGACGGAGACGUCGCCAUCGUCUACCUGAGCCACAACUCCGUGAUGCCCGUCAAGGUGCAGCAGGGCGCCCAGACUCAGACCCGUUACGGCGUCAUCCGCCACUCCACGGACCUGAUCGGACAGCCGUACGGGUCCAAGGUGACCUGCAGCAAAGGCGGCUGGGUCUACGUCCUCCACCCAACGCCGGAGCUGUGGACCGUCGCCCUGCCGCACCGAACCCAGAUCCUCUACACCACCGACAUCGCCACCAUCACCAUGAUGCUGGAGCUGAAGCCGGGCUCCAUCGUCUGCGAGUCCGGUACCGGUAGUGGCUCGCUGUCCCACGCCAUCCUGAGGACCAUUGCCCCCACAGGGCACCUUCACACGGUGGAGUUCCACCAGCAGCGAGCCGAGAAGGUUCAGGAGGAGUUCGCGGAGCACCGAGUGGAUCAUCUGGUCACCGUCCGGAACCAGGACGUCUGCAAGGACGGCUUCGGAGUGACCGGAGUGGCCGACGCCAUCUUCCUGGACAUCCCGAGUCCCUGGGAGGCCGUUGGACACGCCAAGGCUGCCAUGAAGAGACAAGCAGGCGGUCGGCUGUGCUCCUUCUCUCCCUGCAUAGAGCAGGUUCAGAGGACCUGCCAGGCUCUGGUGGAUCAGGGCUUCGAGGAGAUCAACACUCUGGAGGUUCUGCUGAGGAUCCACGACGUCAGAACCGUCUCGCUGCCGCUGCCCGACUUCGGACCCGACUGUCGGUCCGACGGCGUGGAGGAAACGUCUCCGAACUAUGCCGCCGUCAGCCUGAAGACCACGACUCCGCCCAGAGAGAUCCCGGGUCACACAGGAUACCUGACCUUCGCCACCAAACCCAGAACCUAAAGCCCAGUGAUUCCCCUCCAACAGGGUUCAUAAUCCGCCUUCAUGAGGCCGAUAAUCCGGCGGUGGUACCGGCCUCCUCCAGGACCGGCCGGCCCUGCAGAGGAUUUCCUCUUACGUAACUUUGUUCAUGUCGGUCGGUGCCGGUUUUGCUGCUUGCAUCAAGCAGGAGAGGAAAUCAUCUCGUUUGAGAAGAUUAAAACUCUUGGAUCAUAACCCAUUAUUUCAUUCUUUUUUAUAUUAAAGUCAUUUUUAAUCUCAGCUUUUAUUUGAUUUUGAGUGAAGAUAUGUUUUGUUUUUUUUACUGUUCUGGCACAUUUGUAUUCAAGUGAAAACAAUAAAUGUGUGAAAAGAUUCUGAUCUUCACUUAAAACUU